GAUUUGCUUACCAUUUCCUCAUUUUAUUGAAAAAUUUCUUUGGUAAGUGAAUCCAUAAAUAGAGAAAAACACGCUCCUUUGAUCCUUCUUGUCUGAAUCUCUCUUUGAAAAGCCGAAGCAUUCGGUGUUUUUAUUAUUUUUUUUCCUCUCAGUUGGGGUGGAUCCUGAUCAGGAUUUGAAUCAAAGCUGCUUCAAGAUGUCAACAUACACCCCUAAGAACAUACUCAUUACUGGAGCUGCCGGAUUUAUUGCAUGUCAUGUAGCCAACAGGCUUGUCCGGAGCUACCCCGAUUACAAGAUUGUUGUCCUUGACAAACUUGAUUAUUGUUCAAAUUUGAAGAACCUUAUUCCUUCCCAAUCUUCCCCUAACUUCAAGUUUGUUAAGGGAGACAUUGCUAGUGCAGAUCUUGUGAACUACCUUCUCAUCACUGAGUCCAUUGACACUAUAAUGCACUUUGCUGCUCAGACUCAUGUUGAUAACUCCUUUGGUAAUAGCUUUGAGUUCACUAAGAACAACAUCUAUGGUACCCAUGUACUAUUAGAGGCCUGCAAAGUUACUGGUCAGAUCAGAAGGUUUAUCCAUGUGAGUACGGAUGAGGUUUACGGGGAGACUGAUGAGGAUGCUGUUGUAGGAAACCAUGAAGCCUCACAACUCCUUCCUACUAACCCAUAUUCUGCCACAAAAGCUGGGGCUGAAAUGCUUGUUAUGGCUUAUGGUAGAUCAUAUGGGUUACCUGUUAUAACCACUAGAGGGAACAAUGUCUAUGGUCCUAACCAAUUUCCUGAGAAACUAAUCCCAAAGUUUAUACUUUUAGCCAUGAGGGGAAAGCCUCUUCCUAUUCAUGGUGAUGGUUGUAACGUUCGUAGUUAUCUCUAUUGUGAGGAUGUUGCUGAGGCUUUUGAAGUCGUUCUACACAAGGGAGAGGUCGGUCAUGUUUAUAACAUUGGAACUACAAAAGAGAGAAGAGUGAUUGAUGUUGCCCAAGAUAUAUGCAAACUCUUUAACAUAGAUCAAGACAAAAACAUUCAGUUUGUGGAGAACAGGCCGUUUAAUGACCAAAGGUACUUUCUGGAUGAUCAGAAGUUGAAGAACUUGGGAUGGUCAGAGACGACCAUGUGGGAAGAGGGUCUGAAAAAGACUAUUGAUUGGUAUAAGAAUAACCCUGAUUGGUGGGGGGAUGUCUCGGGAGCAUUGCUUCCCCAUCCUAGAAUGCUGAUGAUGCCUGGUGGGAUAGAAAGAAAUUUGGAUGGAGCUGAGAAAUAUGAUUCAGGAUCUACCAAAUUCUCAGGGAAGUCCAAUGAAGCCCAAACAGUAGCUCCAGCUUCAAAGACCAGCAACAUUCCUCAGAAAUCCCCUUAUAAGUUCUUGAUCUAUGGUAGGACUGGGUGGAUUGGCGGUGUGCUAGGGAAAUUGUGUGAGAAACAGGGAAUUCCGUAUGAGUAUGGCAGGGGACGUUUGGAAGAUCGCUCAAAGCUUUUGGCAGAUAUUAAAGCUGUCAAACCCACACAUGUAUUCAAUGCUGCGGGCGUCACCGGUAGACCCAAUGUUGAUUGGUGUGAGAGUCAUAAACCAGAAACAAUUCGUACAAAUGUUGCUGGUACUCUAAACUUGGCAGAUGUUUGCAGAGAGCAUGGCCUCCUGAUGAUGAACUUCGCGACUGGUUGCAUAUUUGAGUAUGAUGCUGCACAUCCAGAAGGUUCCGGUAUUGGGUUCAAAGAGGAAGACACACCCAAUUUUGCUGGUUCUUUCUAUUCAAAGACCAAGGCCAUGGUAGAAGAUCUGUUGAAAAAUUAUGACAACGUUUGCACACUCAGAGUUCGCAUGCCAAUAUCUUCAGAUCUCAGCAACCCUCGCAAUUUCAUUACCAAGAUUAGCCGCUACAAUAAGGUGGUCAAUAUUCCUAACAGUAUGACCAUAUUGGAUGAGCUUCUUCCGAUUUCAAUUGAGAUGGCGAAGCGUAACCUCAAGGGCAUAUGGAAUUUCACAAACCCUGGCGUUGUGAGUCAUAAUGAGAUCUUGGAAAUGUACAAGAAAUAUAUCGAUCCAGCAUUUACUUAUGCCAACUUCACAGUGGAAGAGCAGGCCAAGGUAAUCGUUGCAGCUCGUAGUAACAACGAGAUGGAUGCAUCAAAGUUGAAGAAAGAGUUCCCUGAGUUGCUAUCAAUCAAAGAGUCACUGAUCAAGUGUGUUUUUGAACCAAACAAGAAAACCUCUGCAUAAAAAGGCUGUGUUCUCAAGAAUUUUGUAUGCUAUUUUAGCUGUUAUUCAUUAUUAGUUCCUCGAAUUCUCUAAACUUUUUAGAUUUAUCAUUAGUGAUUAGACUGUUAUUCCUUGUUAUUUUUGUAUGAAUUCAUAAUAUUUGUGCUUUCUUUGCGGAAAUUUGGAUAGGUUGUUCCCUGUAUCGGUGGUUAAAUGAGUAUGCUAAACGUCAGGCGUAAUGUGUUGAAUCUGAUAUAUGAAAUUAUAAACUUUUUCUUGCUCCA